UCUCCCAGCUGAAAUACAGUCCGUGUGAGCUCUCUGACAUCCAGCUGCAGUCAUGCCUUCAAACACCUCCGCCAGCAUGUUCGGUGGAGCCGGGGGAAGGGGAUCCAGGGCGUCCGUGGCGAGCCUCCAGGGGCUGCGCAACGUCCUGCGCAACGAGCCGGAGAAGGACUCCCCGCGCCCCGCACCUGCAGCUCAGGCCACACCUGCAGCUCCAGCCGCUCCCGCAGCGACCGCAGCCCCCGCAGAUGACAAGCAAACUCUGCGGGGUCUCAACGAUCGCCUGUCCGGAUACCUGAACAGGGUGAAGCAGCUGAGGGAGGAGAACGACAACCUGGAGAAGCAGAUCGAUGAGAUUUUGGCCAAGAGGAAGACACCUGAGGGUCGAGACUGGGAUGAGACCGAGAAACCCCUGGAUGAGCUCAAGAACAAGAUCAAAGAUAUCGCCAUGGACAAUGCCAAGCUGCUGCUCCAGAUUGACAACACCAAGUUGGCCAACCAGGACUUCCAGAACAAGGAGGAAGAUGAGAAAAAGGCCCGCAAGGAACUGGAAAACGACUUGGAGGAUCUGAAGAGGACGGCUGAGGACACCAGGCUGAACUGCGAGCAGACGAAGAAGGAGACUGACCUGGUGAAGGAGGAGCUGCAGCGCCUCAAGCGAGAACACAAAGAGGACGUGAAUGGCCUGUGUGAGAAGAUCAAGGAUUCUGAGGUUAUCGUCGAGAUUGACUCCCAGAAUUCCAAACUGGCCGAUAAUCUCAACAAGAUCCGCGGCCAGUACGAUAAACUGGCCAAGAAGAACCUAAAGGACACUGACGAUUGGUACCAGAGCAAGUUUGACAACAUCAAGGUGGUGGAGGCCCAAAACGUGGAGGUCCUGCAUUCUGGAAAGUCAGAGCACAAGGAUCUGCUCAAACAGAAACAAAUGCUGGAAAUUAAGAUCCAGAGUUUGCAGAGCAAGAUCCGAAACCUGGAGGAAAGCCAGAGGAACACCGAGAUGGAGUACGGUCAAUGCCUGGUCCCUCUCAACGGGGGGAUACUGAGCCUGUCGGCGCAGUUGGAGAAGGUGAGGUCGCAGGUGGAGCACCACGCGGACAACAACAAGAACCUGCUGUGCGUCAAGAUGAAGCUGGAGUCGGAAAUCAAUAGCUACCAGCAGCUGAUCCUCGGGAUGACCACUGACCCUGAGAGCUUGGAGUUCUCUUUAGAGGACGCAGUUCACAGCGAACGGCCAAAGCCUGACAACCAGGUGCCGGAGAAGCAGCAGAAAGUGAAAGAAGAAGCCGCUGUGAAGAAAGAGAAGAACCCAGCGAACAAAUCCACCCCUCCUGCUGGAGGAGAGCCCACCAAGGCCGAGGAAGUCGCUGCCAAUAACGCAGAGGCUCCAAAUGCACCAAAAGGCAAAACCGAAAAGAAAACCAAGACCAAAACUAAGAAGGGUUCAUCAUCUUCCUCCUCAUCCUCUUCUUCCUCCUCUGAUUCCGAGAAGGAAGAAGAUAAGCCCAAGACGGAGGGUGAAGUCGCAAACACUUGA